AUGCUGAUUCACCUAAAUGCGGUUCUGCUCUGGUGCGCUGCAGCGCUUCCUGGUCUCCUUGCGGUGCAGUCGUCUUUGCCGGCAGUCACCUGUGACAAGGAAAGCGUGGCGGUGGCUGCGAGCCUCGGUGUCCAACACAUCAAUAGAAAGCACGAGCAUGGAUUCAGGUUCAAGCUGCAGGUUGUUCAAGAGCAGCAAUUAUCAACAGGUUGGCCUUUUGUAUCAGGAGGUUGCCACAUAGAUGUGAAUGUGAAGUUGGUGCAGACCAAAUGUCACUUCACCAACCCCAAACCUGAUGACCAAUGUGAACUGUGGCGACUGGAUGAACGGGGUGCAGUGGCCACCUGCAGCAUUGAAUUUUGGGUGAUGUGGGGCGUGGCCAAAGUCAUCAGACACGACUGCACCACCAGACCAGAACUUACCAACGAGGAGCUGAUGACAAUUUGUCCCUAUUGCCCCACGUUGUUGCCUCUGGAUGACCCGACAGCUGUGAAGGCGGUGCAUGAUGCUGUGGUCAAGUUCAACCGGGAGAGCAAACAGGAGAAUUACUUCACCCUGAUGGAAGUGGCUCACGUGACAAUGGGGUCCUUUGAAACCAUCGGCACGAUUACCUCGCUCAUGUUUGCCCUGGUUGAGACCACGUGUCCCAGAGGUGCCAGGAAUACUUUUGUACCCUGCACGCCUCGCUGUCCGGACAGAGCUCAUCACGCCUUUUGUCAAACCUCUUACUACAACUUGCACAGACAAGUGGGAAAACUUGAGUGUGACUUAUAUCUCCCAAAAAAUCCAGGCCCCCAUCCGUCUGAUGUCCCAGAGCCCGUGUGCAGGCCGUUGUUCCACCAAAGUCCGGAAGCUUGUGUUUGCAAGGCGCUGCUGAACAACCCCAAUCAGGCGAUCCACAACAUUUGUCCAUUCCCGCUUAAGUGA